AACAAAUCUAGGACAUUCACUCGAGUUAACCUCGUCGCAGCUCCAGCGACAUCCGCGACUAGUGAACCAUCGACAAUCGAGGCUUUAUCAUCGCAAAUAGCAUCACUACAACGCCAACUCGAGAAACUCUCCCUAGAUCGUAAGCAGCGCAGCCGCUCUAGCUCAUCACCUCGUCGCACGAAGCGUAACAAUUCAGGCUUUUGCUUUUACCACUCGCGUUUUAGUAACAAAGCCCGUAAUUGCGACCAACCAUGCAGUUUCUCCGCCGCAAAGCAGCGAGACUUUUAGGCCGGCCCGUAAUGGCGACUAAAGGUGUCGGCAAAGCCCAAAGCUAUGAUUUCGAGUCGCCCAAUGUGCAUUGCAAGUAAAAACGGUACAUCUAGUCUCAUCAAUGAAUUCCUCAAAACUGAUCGCAUACAUUCCAAAACCAACAGCAAGGUUUUUGUCGUACCGCGCUCGCUCUUCAAUCUAGCUACGUUUAAUGUUCGAACGCUCAUGCAGGUAGGUUCACAAGCUGCUACUGCGCUCACUUUGGAAACUCUCUCAAUCGACGUUUGCCGCCUAACCGAAACCCGUUUACAAGAGUUUAGCACAACGCUGCGAUUACUCUCACCAUCCCUAAAUUCCAAUUGCACAUUCCCCAUGUGCUUAUCGGGAGAUGCGACAGCAGCAACCUCUGGUUGCGCCGGUGUAGGAGUUGCGUUAAGCGCGCGUGUUGAGGCGGCGCUCAUUGACUGGUUCCUUGUCAACAGCAGUCCGCUUAAAAAGUUUAGUGCGAUCUUCCAGCCACGGGAUCAGUGGGCGUUGCAUAUUCAUUGUGGCAGCGUACACUCCUACGGACUGCAGCCCGGACGAAUUUUCCCGCCAACUCAUCGACCCCCGCAAGAACAUCGUGAUACUCGCCGGAGACCUAAAUAUGCAGGUCGGUAGCCCAGAGCUUCAUGAGAGUGAACUUAGGGUUCAACAAAGACACGGUACUCGCAGGAUGGACAACGGCGAUCGACUCCCUCAACUGUGCGCUGACCACGAUUUGUUCCGUUCCAGCACCAAAUUGUGACAUUCCUGGUGCCAACGAGUAACCUGGUGAUCUCCGGCGCCUGGUCAAGCUGGACGCAGAUUGAGCACAUCGCUGUUAGUUACCGUUUGCGAGGCUGCAUAAAACUGCAAGUAAAUUUGGAAAACCUACCUGACUUCCGAUCAUGCGCUCGUGUGCUAAGUUCCUU